CGUGAGCAUCAGUCGGCCAACUGAAAUGUGUAGCCACCACUACUCUUUAACAAGAUAUAAAUCUAUCCAUGUCGAUUAUCAUGCUCAUUCUAGUUGACACCAAAACCCCAACCUUUAACCAUAAUACGCAUAUCUACCCUUUAAUCAUUAAAUAACCUCAAUUCCAAUGGCUUCCAGCACUGCUUCCCAGAGCCAGCACGACAUCACCGUACCCAUUCGCCUAUCGGUUGAUACAGCCUCUCAAAAUAUGCCUGAACCCUACGACGAAAUGGACGUCGACGAUGAAUAUUCCUCCAGCGACACCUCUUCCGUAGAGGACAAGACCGAAAACAUCGAACAGACAGAGCAAGUAUCCCGAAGCCCCUCCCCAGAAAUCGACCCCGAAAGCUACACAACCUGGGGCCGCGAGCACUUCGGCGAAGAAUGGUACAGACAGCGCAACACCAUGCUCAACGAGCGCAACAUCUUCAUGAGCCCGGACCCCGUGUAUAAACAACGCCAAAGCGCUCUGAGGAUGCUAGAGCGGCAGGUCGAAGGACGAACAUUCAUGCUCCCCUGCGGUAUGGACGGCGAACCCGCCCCCUCCCCACAUCCCGAAAGGGUCCUCGCCGCCGACGACGACAACGACCUAAACAUCUCCUCCCCACCCCCUACCCCAACCUCCUCAACCCCCGCAACCACACUACCGUCCGACCCUCACGAACGUCUAGAGCACUACCGCAAGCUCCUGCAAUGGGACGACCUAGAGUACCACAUCGAGCUGCACCUGCUCUCCGAGUCUCUCGUCGACUCGCGCCGCAGCGCGCGCGAGGACGCGCUCGGCGACGCGCGCCGCGAGCACGAGCUCGAGCACAUGCAUGAUGUGGUGAGGUCGUCCCAGGAGUACCUGCAGCGGGAGCGGGCGUUCCGGCUCCGCACGCUGGGGUGCACGGGGAGGCGCGUUGAGGCGCGGGGGCGUGAGGAGCGCGAGGAGCGGGUCGACGAGGACGCGCGUGCGGAGCUGGAAGCGUUGGAGGAGAUGGACGCCACGAGCGACUCGUCGGAGACGGAGGAGGGGGAGGUUAGUGAUGAGGAUUAUAUCUCCUAAGCUUGGGGCUUUGACAUCUUGGAUAGGUAGUCAUUGAGGGAUGGAAUACAUUUAGACUAGGUACCUACAUACUUUAGAUGUCUAGAUAAUUAUGACCAGCAUCGCGGGGGCUGAGUAAUCUUGUUUUAGAAUAGUAAUAACUAAUUUUUAGAGAAAUGCAAGAGCUAUUUAUAUGUGAAUGAGAUUUAUGUUUUUAUGAGUUAUCAUGCUGACACGUUGAUCUUUCUCCUGUGUUCCCCCUGUACUAUGACAUAACUCAGGGGUCACUCCUAUUCCGACCCCAAGUACUACAUAGGUAGGUACCAACCACACCUCCGUCCCGCACCGUCCACACAACAAAUCACAUCACAACUCAUCCAACGUACAAUCAAACACA